CUUUGCAAGAGAAGAAAAAAAAAAGUUUUUUGCAUGCAAAAGCAAUUUAAUGCAGUCUUUCAGACAUAAAUAUGGUUCUGUAAGAGAGAUACCGCCAUUCAAAGGCCUUGUAUCAUUAAAUAUGUACAGUAUAGUUAAGAAAUCAAAUACUGGUUCACCAACAGCGACAUCAUCUUCCACGACACAAUCAAUGCCAAAACGAACAUCAUCACAACCAAUUGAAAUUCCAGAGAUUCCGCCCUUUAAAAAACGGGAUAAUCAACACAGUAAUUAUCCACCAAGUCCCUAUGAAACACCAACAAGUCAAAGUCCACAGAAUACAUUCACUAUGUCGACAAGUGCUUCUCCACCAAGAAUUUCCGAUAUUCCACCAUAUAAACCGAGAAAAUCAAAGGAAUUUACUGGAUCUGAACUUAAUGCACAACAAUCAUCAUCACCAUCAUCACAUCAUCGAGAAUCGUAUGAUUCAGCAGCAUCAAGUGCAAAAUUGGUAGCAGAAAUACCAGAACAUCAAAUCACAAUAGGCCCAACUGGCGGUGCUGAGUGGGCAAGACGAUUAAAAGUUGCAGAACAAUCAUCUCCAAUUCAUCGUAGCACAGAUUGUAUAGUAUCAAAACAGGAACUAGGAACAAGUUCUGAUUCAGAGUUACUUAAACCAGCGCCAUCGUGGUCAAAUGUUGCUCUGAAGACAGACCAAGCAGGAACAAGUGGAAGCACAUCCCUUCCGUCAGUACCAAAAGCAACAACAGCCGAGGAUGAACAACGAGCAGCAGAAAUUGCAGCCAAAAAGUCAAGACUUAAGCAGAAGUUAGUCAAAAGUGCGAGAUCUGUCGCCAUUUUCUCACUUAAGUUAAAGGAGAGACGCGCGCGAGAGGCUGAACGAUUGGCAAAAGAGAAAGCUGAAGAAUUGGCAACAGAAAUGGCAAUGAGUGCUCAAGCGAUGUGCGGUGGUGGAGGAGAACUUAAUUUGAUACCAUUAGAGCAAUUAAUUCACAUUGAAGACGUUGUAAAUCGACGAUCUUCCAAUACGCAAAACUCUUCAAGUAAUAAUAAUACAAAUAAUAAUUAUAGUAAUUCUAGUAAUAACAAUGGCUCAGGAACAUAAGAAAAAUAAUAAAAAAUGCAAAG